UUGAUCGAAUGUUUUCAGGAGCGCUGUUGGUUUCUAUUGAAAUAAAAUCCAGGUGCUCGCUAACUUUGAAAAAAGAGAAAUUAUGAAAGACAAAUGGUCUGAAGAAACAAAACCGAACGUUCUGUCAAGUGGAGAAACCUCACGUGACGUGGAGGAACGUCAGAUUCAUGCUGAUUCUGGUGAGUUUGAAAAAGAGAAGGAUUCUCCCGAGACCGGUAUUAUUGGCUCGGACGAAGCGGCGAACCCAAGGCUCUUAGAGAAUGUGUAUAAAUAUACCGGUCAAAUCAAGAAGUUCCUUGGAUGGGAGAGUAAUCCGAAAUUAGGAGGAAGUUCUUUACGUAAUGAUGCCGAUGCUACAGAUGCAUCAGAUGAUGCUAGUGAGAGAGAAUCAAAACAUAUUGCAGUAGGUGUCUCAAUACAGGACGAUGCGCAGAGCGUGCAAUCAAAUUUGAGCAUUGGAGAUCUUAAUCUUGACGUUCUUUUUGACGAAGGAAACAUUUGUCUAGUAGAAGAUAGUUUAAGAGAAGAUCUUGAGAGUUCUACUGAUGAUUUGAAAAAUAACACCGCAAACAUAGACUAUUUAUCUUCUCCGGUCGAGGAAGAUUCUAGAAAAACUGAAUCACCUGUUUUGUUAAAUCCAAGUAUUACAGAAAUUGGGGAUUUUGUAGAUGAAAUGCCAAUGUCGCUAUUACCAGAUAAAAUGAAUGUAGGUUUAUUGCAAGAAGAUAAUUCCUCGGUUGGUGGUAUACUUUUACAAGACCCAGAUGAAAUUCUAAAGCAAGAAAUAGAACAUGAAGCUAAACUGGAAAAUGGAGCAUAUUUGUCAGAUAAUACGGACAUUAAUGAUAACAAUGAGUCUUCCAACAAAUCAUGUUCUGAAAUACAGAUAAAAACUGCAAGCACUCCUGAGAAAGAUAUUUUAUGUGCGGAAAGUUCAGAAAAAAUGUGUGAGAACGAAGUUGUUAGUCAAGAAUUAAAAACUAAUUCACCUGCUAAGCAGAAACUUGAAAAUGAGGUGGCAUUGGCAAGAAAAUUAAGCUUGGGUGUUGUGAAUGAUGUUCUAAACACGGCUCGGCAUCACGUGAGUGAACUGUUAGUCAACAAAAGUAAUUUGGAAGAAAAAAACGCUGAACAUAAGACAGUCUCAGAGCUUAGUGCCAACGCUUGUGAUCUAAAUCAAAGAAAUACGGAACUCAAAACAAAUAUGGGUGAAAGUAAGAAAAAUCUACGAAAUACCGAAACUAAGAGAAAAAUAGAACAUAACUUGAACAAUGACUUGAACUCAAAGUUGAAAAACUAUCAAAAAACUUUGAACGGAAGUAAAACAAAUAAUGUCAAUAAACCCGAUUUCUCAGAACCUCCCGAUGAAGAUACAAUAUGCGGUAUUGGAAGUUUUAGACCUAACUGGAUACAGCCUUUGGCAACUCCAACUGUAUAUCUUAUAUUGUAUUCAAUCAUAGGAGUUCUUCAGGGAUCCUAUUAUACGUACUUAAUUGGUACUUUGUCCACUUUAGAGAAAAGGUUUGCAUUCAAAAGUAAAAUCAGUGGACUUAUUAUGACGGUAGAUGAAAUAACUCCUUUGUUGCUAGGUGUGCUUAUUGGAUAUUUUGGUGGUAGGACACACAGACCACGUAUGGUAGCUGUAGGAAUGUUGCUUUCUGCUGCUUGCUGUUUCGUUUCAGCUCUUCCUUACUUCAUUUACGGUCCAGGAACUCAUCUUACGUCUUUAGAUGUGCAUAAUAAAACAGGACCCGAAAUGUGUCUCAGUAAAGCAACAAAGGAACUCUGUGAUGUGGAUGAUCGACCUCCUACGUUAGCAGCAGUUUUGUUUCUGCUAUUGGGAAAUUUUUGCAAAGGAUUCGGAAAUUUAGCAUACUAUGCCAUUGGGUUAGCAUACAUGGAUGACAAUGCUAAAAAGAAGAACACACCCAUAUAUUUUGCUGUAGCAUUUGCAUUACGACUUCUAGGACCAUUAGUAGGCUUUUUAAUGUCCUCGGCAUUUUUGAAGUAUUAUGAAAAUCCUUUUGAUGAUCCUGGUUUUGGACCAGAUGAUCCACGAUGGAUUGGAGGUUGGUGGAUGGGCUUUUUCUUGCAAGGUUGUUUGUUGGUUAUAUUCACAAUUCCUAUAUCCCUUUUUCCACGAAGAUUACCAAGUCAUUUACCACCAGCAGUAGAAACUCACUCAAAAAAGGAAAGUUUAAAGUCAAAUUUUUCAGGUUUAUUAUCUGCCUUGAAGAGACUUGCCAGGAACCCACUUUUUAUAUUUCUUUCGCUUAACACGACGAUGGCCAUCUUCGGGAGCUUUGGGCAUUAUAUAAUGUUGCCUAAGUACAUGGAAAACCAGUUUCGUCUUUCGGCAUCGGAUGCUAGUCUUUUUUCAGGUCCACCUGGACUUGCAGCAGUGAUGAUAUCAACUGUGAUAGGAGGAUAUUUAAUUUAUAAGUAUCAACCAAAUGCUAAAAUACUAACAGCUGGAAUGGUCAUUAUCGAAAUCAUUGCUGCUCUGGGGUACCUAAUUCUUAUGAUCCCGCACUGCCAAAGUGUUGAAUUGUCAAAUUUUGGAAUUAACGACGAAGGAUUUAUUUUAGAAGAUGCAUGUAAUACAAACUGUAAUUGCACGACAAGUGCUUUCACGCCUGUUUGCGGGCCAGACGGAAAAACAACAUAUUUCUCACCAUGUUUUGCAGGGUGUGAGGGAACACUUCAUAGUGCUUUGCCCUACCAGAAAGAACAGAUAUUUACCAACUGUUCGUGCGUAAGAGAUCCAACAAGGGAGCAAAUGGUGACCGCAACCGAAGGAAUUUGCAUUGUUGAAAAUUGUUGGUCUCAAGCACUUGCUUAUAUCAUAACAAUGCCAAUUUUCUCUGGAAUAACAAGUCUUCUUAGAGUUGCUCAUACUAUGAUACUACUCAGAUCAAUAAACCCUGAAGAUAAAAGUGUUGCUUUAGGGACGUUUGAAACUUUUAUCUCUCUUUUUGGAUUUAUCCCUUACCCCGUAACAUUUGGAGCUUUGGUCGACUCUGCGUGCUUGGUGUGGGAAAAAAGUUGUGGGAAGACUGGAAAUUGCUGGUUUUAUGACGUGGAGAAAUUUAACUAUUUACUUCAUGGGGCAUCGGCUUUCUUUUGCGCAAUGUCUGCUCUUUGCUUGGUGGGAAUUUAUUUUCUGCAUGAGCGAGUGCAUAGCCUCUACGACGAAGAUGAGAGUGAGAUUGAACAAUAUGAAAAAAAUAAUCCAAUAAAAAUAGAUACUGUAUCUAGUGCUGUUACUAAAUUGUAAAAUGUGUUUCUCAUGUUUUAAAAUUUGUUCAGUAUUUCUUAGCAUUUUUUGUUAAGAUACAACUUGUAAAUUUCACGUAAUAACUGCUGUAUGUUUAUUAAUUUCUGUACUUGAAGAAAAAUAUAUGUUUUUUAUAAA